AUUCGAGUCACGCUCGUUUCUCCUCCCCAAGUUCGAUGGCGUCAGGUUUCAGUUACACUGGAGGCCGCUCGCGGUGUUUUGCUUACUGGCAAGAAUUCUCGAAAUGUUACGCUGAAGCUGACGCGCCUAGUCAAUGCCGUCUGCAGGCGGAUGAUUACCUAGAGUGCCUCCACCAUACGAAAGAGAUUGCGCGCGCAAAGGCUGUGAAGGCCGAAUUUAUUAAACAAGCAGAGCAUCAUGCCAAAGAAGGUCGUAAAGUGGCUGAUGUUCUCGCAGACGGUGUGAUUGUCGGAGUGGGGCUGAUACAACGAGACCAAGGGGAAGGCAAGCACAAGUAGUGUACUGAAAUACCCUUUGUCGCUGGUUCGACUUGCGCGGCACUGUUCCAUCCUUCCGCAUUUUUAGCUGCCUUGCGGCUGUCUGACGGAGCUUUAAGCCGAUCAGUUACUGUAAUCCGAAUGGAAGUCACGUUUUCGGAGGUCCUGCUUGCGGCUGACUGUAGUGAUUAUAAUAUUCCAAACAACG